UGUGUGUGUGUGUGUGUGUGCGUGUGUGUGCAUAGUCCAGGUGCUGACCACUAAUGAUCUCAUCUUUGCUUCCAUCAACCUCUUGCAAGCAAAUAAUCAUCAAUAAAGUUAAAUUGUUUGGACAUUGUAUUCAUGACAUUUGCCAGACUUUGAGUUACGCACCAGUAGGAAGAUAGUUGAGCACACAGAACAAAUGACAUUAAUAUGACGAAGGAGCAUUUCUGCACGUAACUGACGUGGACGUUUGAAUCUAUACCGUCCAACAGCAGGUGAUGAGAGCCGCAGCCUGAGUUUCACCCCGGGGGCCUGGGACAAAAUGGGUGACGCUGUGGGAAGAGGUCUGUUCCUUAAUGUUUGAUGUCAGAUCACCUCUGGUAGCGCCGGAGCCGAGGGGGAGGUGAGGUCCGGGGCGGACUCACCGUCUGCUGUGUAUUAAAGAGGUGAAAUGCAGUGGGACCGAAAAACAGGAUUUGUAGUUUAUUAAUAUAAUCACAUUAUUCAAUACCUGAUGUAUUUUAUACUGUGUCAUUCCAGUGAUUAUGUAUUUAUUAUAUAUGCCUAUAUUAUUAUAAUAGGUUUUGCCUAAUGAGAACACGUUGCAUUGUUCCAUGUGUGGCCAAUGGUUUUGCGCCGCGUCCUCAUUAUGUUGAUGAAAUCUCACGUUGGGCAGCUUGUCAAUAAUUCAUGAGAUCGGUGCGGCCACGUGGCAUCGCCGCAUUGUCAAGUCCGCUUGUUUGCCAGAUGUAAAUGACCAUUCAGCCGCUGCUCCUAUUAGGCGUCCACGAGGACGGCGGAUCACGCCGGCGGCCGCGGCGCGCGUCCCAAAGGUCGCCAUGUGCCCUCUGUCCCCGCGGGGCUUUACAUUGAUUCCAGCAGAUUUCUAAAGUGAUUUUUCUAAGAGCAUUUGCCCGGGAUUAGUUUGCCCCUGAAAGCUCCACGGGGGCUUUCGCUGGGCUAUUUAACGGGGCCGAGGCAGCGAGAGGCUCGCGGCCGCCCGCUGCCCUCGCGCCGCACCGAGUCCACGGGGGACGCGCAGAUGAAGAGAGGGGAUUGGUUUCGGCCAAAGCUGAUCUUCCAUCUUGUGUGCGGGGGAUUUCGAGUCCAGGGGCUGCAGUGCUAUGGCUGCAACAUCCUGCAGGGCCAGAGGUACGUGGACGUGGGCUGCUCCAACCCAGAGGUCAUCACCUGCACCCACUCACACAAGGGCUUCAAACACCGCUUCUGCAUUAAGACAGAGAGCACGGCCCUGGGCAUCGUCUUGACCAGCGGCUGUGCUACCUCCAGACACUGCCAGCAACAAGAGCUGCCUGGCGUGCGCAUCCACUGCUGUGACUCAGACCUGUGCAACAGCGCCCCCUCCUGGCGCACAAGCGCACUGCAUUGCUUCUGUGCGCUGUUCUGCCUGUUGCUGCUGAGGAUGUGGUUGUGAAGUCAUUUUGGAAACCACCACUGGACUAGAGGGAGAAACGUUUAAUUAGCAGCUCAUUAUUUCUCUUAGCUGCUUGUGUGUAGGACUGAAUGAGGGUUUUACUCUCUGUGGUGUUGCUGGUGCACACCUUGAAGUAGUAGAUCACAAUAUCACUACAUUAGCGUGGACUUGCCAUCAGUGCAAUAAAGAAAUAAUUUUGUGAAUAUGUUUCUAAAAAUACUAAAUCACUCAAAGGAAUCAGUAAUAUAUCCACUUACUCAACAUAGCUUGGAGUCCAUACACAGAUCAGCCACAGAAGGAAAGGUUUGCUUUAAUGCUGUAGCAGGCAAUGAUCAACAUGGGAAAAAUGUUACACUGGUCAUUAUCAAUAGGUGGCAAAACACAGGAUGCCCAUGCUGACCCCUGCCCACCAUAAUAGUACAUGGGAUUUACCACAUUGUUAUAAUGUUUUGAACAUAUUCAUCACAGCUGCAUAUCACACAGUUCAAUUUAACCAUCUUCCAGAUUCUAACGGCUUAGUUCCACCUACCACAACAUAUAAAUCCUUUUUCCCACUGUCAUGGACUUUCUCAAGACCACUUCUUUCUGUGGAGUAUGUUCUUUUAAAGCCUCAGGCUACUAACAAAAUGAAAGAUAUUUUUUUAGUUUUUUCUUCUAAUCUUGAGGCUAAGAUGCAUGUGGUUAUGUAUGAUUGUAAUAUUGUACAGUGAAAGCAUGUAAUGUUGUGAACUACGGUAUUAAAUUAUGUUUCAUAUUUUUCAGA